UAAGUUAACCAAGACGCCAAUUAAAUCAUAAAUAAUUAUAUGGAAAUAAAUAACAUAAUGAAUGUAAACAAGUCUGCGAUACUGUCAUUGUGAGUAUCACACUCCGACCGCGUAGACGUGAGUCUGAACUCUCAGGACACAGACAGACGAUUGCUAUAAAGUUGUGUAAAAUGAAUAGAUUCGACCUGGUAAUAUUCGGGGCGACCGGUUUCACGGGGAAGCAUGUAGUCAGAGAGCUCGUCAGGAUCGCCCCUAAACAUCCAGGAUUGACUUGGGCGGUGGCUGGGAGGAGCCGGGGAAAAAUGGAAACGCUUCUACAGAAUGUCACCAAAAAAACUGAUACAAUUCCAGGUGUCGAGCUCUCGAACAUUAAAAUAAUAACAGCCGACGUGAAUGACACGGAAUCUCUGAAACGCAUGUGCGGUCAGGCUAGAGUACUAGUGAACUGUUGUGGUCCGUUCCUGAAAUACGGCGAGCCCGUGGUAGCCGCGGCGAUCGAGACGAAGACACAUCACGUAGAUGUCAGCGCUGAGAUAAAGUUCACUGAGUUGUUGCAUCAGAGGUACGACGCGUCAGCUCGCGAGGCCGGGGUCUGCGUCGUGUACGCCUGCGGCUUGUGCAGUCUGCCCGCGGAUGUGGGACUCCUGUACCUCCAGCGAGAAUUCCAAGGCGUGUUGAACUCGGUGGAAUCAUAUCUCGUGACUCACUUCCCGCCGAGGAUGUUGACUGAGACCUGGAAAAAUGGAAUCGUUCGAUACAGCAGCUGGGAGUCGUUUAUAAACGGCAUGGCCGGCAUGUCGAUAAAACAGUUGCAGCAAAACUCUCUGCCGCCGAUGGAGCGCGAACUGAAAAGCAGAUGUUUAAUACAUAGGAAUCUCAACAAAUGGUGCGUUCCGUUUCCUGGUGCAGACGCGGCCGUCAUCUCUCGCACGCAGCGCCAUCUCUUUUCGACGACCGACAAACGACCCGUACAAUACAAACCGUACAUAACUUUCCCCUCUAUUUUUACAGCCAUAGGAACUAUUAUCGCCUGUGUUAUUUUGUUCGCCCUUAGUAAAAUGUCGUGUAGUAGAAAAUUACUGCUGAACUAUCCACGACUGUGUUCGUUCGGUGUGGUCACGUAUGGCGACACUGAAGAGGGCGUAAUGGAUGACGCAUACUUUCAAUAUGAAAUGAUCGGUAACGGUUGGAGUACAGGUGCGGAUCGUAGUGGAGCGCCUGACAAAAAUAUGAUAGCAAGGAUCAAGGUUUCAGGAGUGGAUCCGGCUUAUGUUGGCUCUGCGAUUGUCCUUAUUUAUUCUGCAAUAACUUUGUUGAAGGAAAAAGACAGAAUCCCUGACUGUGGCGUGAUGACUCCCGGAGUAGCCUUCCGAAACACUAAUAUCAUAGAACAUCUUCAUGCAGACAAUGUAAAAUUUGAAAUUGUUAAAUAAAUAUGUUUAACUUCUUUAAGUUUAUAUUAACAGGGAAGGACGACUUUUACUAAGAAAUGGUUAAUGUGGGGGAUUUAAAUAAUAAUAUUUUUUAUGGAUA